GAGGUGCGUUACACACUAAAAGGGCGGCAUCAUGUUUGAUGUGUUCGGAUCCGUGAAGGGUCUGCUGAAGCUAGACCAGGUGUGCAUCGAUAACAACAUCUUCCGGCUGCACUACAAAGCGACGGUCAUCAUACUGAUUGCCUUUUCGCUGCUGGUCACCUCACGACAGUACAUCGGUGAUCCGAUCGAUUGCAUCGUGGACGAAAUCCCGCUCAACGUGAUGGACACCUACUGCUGGAUCUACUCGACGUUCACCAUCCCGAACCGUUUGACCGGAAUCGCCGGCAAGGACAUUGUUCAGCCGGGUGUGGCGAGCCACGUCGAUGGGCACGAUGAGGUGAAGUACCACAAGUACUACCAGUGGGUGUGCUUCGUCCUGUUCUUCCAGGCGAUGCUGUUCUACGUGCCCCGCUAUCUGUGGAAGACGUGGGAAGGUGGCCGUAUCAAGAUGCUCGUGCUGGACCUUAACAUGCCCAUCAUGAACGAGGAGGCGAAGGAGCGUAAGAAGAUUCUGGUCGAAUAUUUUGUCGACAACAUGAAGGGACACAACUUUUACGCCAUGCGGUUCUUCUUCUGCGAGGUGCUCAACUUUGUCAACGUGCUCGGACAGAUCUACUUUAUGGAUUUCUUCCUCGAUGGCGAGUUCUCGACGUACGGCAGCGAUGUGGUACGCUUCACCGAGAUGGAACCGGAAGAGCGCGGUGAUCCGAUGGCACGCGUCUUCCCGAAGGUAACCAAGUGUACCUUCCACAAGUACGGUCCGUCCGGAAGCGUGCAAAAGUUCGACGGUCUGUGCGUGUUGCCGCUGAACAUUGUCAACGAAAAGAUCUACGUGUUCCUGUGGUUCUGGUUCAUCCUGCUUACCAUCCUGACCGGUGUCUCGCUGCUGUACCGCUUUGCCGUGCUCAUGAUGCCGAAGCUGAGGCUGCUGAUGCUGCGCGCCCGUUCCCGGCUGUCGACGCACGAGGAUGUAGAGCUGAUCGCGUCCCGGUGCCAGAUGGGCGAUUGGUUCAUCCUGUACCAGCUGGGCAAGAAUAUCGAUCCACUAAUCUACAAGGAAAUCAUCUUUGAUCUCUCCCAGAAGGUCGUGGGCAAGGAGAUCGUAUAAAAC